AUGAAUUUCAGUCUCCCGGAUGCUCUCAAUUUAAUAAAGGAGGGCAGAGCCAAUGAAGCUGUUGAUCAGCUAAACAAAUUCAUUGAGUGUUUACAACCUUUAAGUCCCUAGACAUAACUCUUGGGUCAAUAACUUGGCAUCGAUUUAGAAUUUUUUAGAAUUGUGAAAUUCUCUGAUUUUUAUGAUCCUGAUCCAUAAGUCUAAGCCUUACGCUUCAAAUAUUAUGCUUACAAAAUUGCAAAGUGGGGUUAUUAAAUUAUCCAAUAGAAGAGGAAGGUUAAAAGAAGACAUGAUUUAAUUGAGAAGUCUGAAUAGUUUGGAAUUUAGAAUGAGAUUGGACGUACUUUUGGAGUGGAUAAUGAAUCGAAAUAAUAUGCUGAGUCAAGAAUUCAAAUGAUGUCUGACAAAUUGUAGAAGAAAAAAUAAAUUUAUCAGAAAUAAUUAUUAUUUCAAUUGGAUGUAGAGAAGAGGAGAACUGAUUAUAAAUUAUAACAAGAUGAUAAAAUAGAGAAAGUUAGAAAAGCCUUAAAAACAGAUUAUGAUAAUAAAAUUUAACCUGUAAAGGAACAUUUGGAGAUCGUAAAUGAGAAAUUAAAGAGUAAUCACAAAAUGAAAAAGAAGUAAGAAGAUGAUUUGAUUAACAAAAGAACUGAAUUACUAAAAAAUGCUUCAUUGAUAGAUGAGAAAAUACAUAAACUCGAAGAGAUGAGAAGAAAUCAAAUAGAACACAUGAAAAAUGCAAGAUAAAUGAAAAAGCAAAGACAACACUCCUUCCAAGAAAAAUAAAAUUAAAAAUAUGAAGAAUAUCUUGAAAAAAUGAAACUGAAAUUAGAAUAAAGACGCAUUGUUGACGUCCAUUUUGAAUCGCAUAAAGAUUUUGGCAGGAGAUAAGUACCAGAUGACUUUGAAAAAAAUUUAGAAAAUGUAAUCAAUAAAUACUCAAAAUAAUAACCAAUAAUUAAUAAUUUAUUAGCCAAACAAAUUGAAUAGAUACAAACUAAAAAGUCUGUCGAUAGUGAAAAAUUCAAAAAAGUUAAAUAGAAUUUACAAUAAGAUCAUCCGCAUAAAAUAGAAUCGCGUGAUGUUGCUGAGGUUAUUGUAAGGAAAGAAAAAAAAUUAUAAGAAGAGACAAUCUUGAGAAAAGAAACUUCUUAAUAAAGAGUUCUUAAUUUUCUACAAAAUCGUUAAUAAUUAUAGAGAUUGCAGUCUUAAUAAAUCGAUAGAUACAAUGCCUUUUUCUCAAGAUAAACUACUCGAUUAAAGAAUAUGAGAACGACUAAUGAGCAAAUGAAAUCUACUGUCAACUUUGCCUUAAUGUAAGCAAAUAAGAUCGAAGAACAGACAGCAUUAAAAAUGUCUAGAGCAAUUCAAUUAAUCAAUGAUCCAGAUUUACAAAUGUAAUUCAAACCUAAUGAAAAACUAACAACUCAGUAAAAAAUCGCUAAGAAAAAGCAAGAGGAAAUGCAAUCGCUAUUAAAAUCAUUUGUUACUAGUGAAGUUGAUUUGCUAAGAUUUUCUAAAUCCGUGACAGAAGUUAAAAAUGAUGAAAAUUAAUAAUAAAAAUGA